AAAUUUCCUGAAGGGAAAUUACUACGUACAACUGCUAAUAUGUUUUUAUUUCAUUUCAACUUCAGUUGUGAAAUGGAGGGUAUCGAAAAAUUGUAUACUCCGAGUCAAUGGUGUUCUUACCGAUGUGACCCCCACACAGUAGUCGAGGAGCAUGUAAAAGCUGUAACAAAAGAAAGCCUCAAAGUUACCGAAGAAAUCUCAUUCAUUCAAAAUCUCAGAUAUGGAAAUGGGCCUAAACAGGUUCUAGAUCUAUUUGAGCCUGAAAAUGUAUCGGACGCUAUUCCUACUUUUAUUUACAUUCAUGGUGGAUAUUGGCAAGAACUAAGCAGAGACAUUUCCAGAUACUGUGUAAAACCAUUAAUUCAGUCAAAUAUUCGAGUGAUUAUUCCAGGCUACGACUUGGUCCCUCAAGUUGAUAUGCGAACGAUUAUAAAAGAAAUUGAAGAUCUAGCAGCAUUCAUCAACAAACUGGCUCAAGAUCGGCAUUGGACAAAUAUAUGGUAUGGUGGUCAUUCUGCCGGAGCUCACUUAGCUGCUUCUCUUUUAUGCAGUGGAAAUUUCUCCAACUUGAAUAUUGCCGGGUUAAUACUGAUCAGUGGAAUUUAUAAUUUGGAACCAUUAAUACGUACAACGAUUAAUGAAAAAUUAAAUAUAAACAAUGAGAACUACCGGUCUCUGAGUCCAUUGCUUCGAUUACCUAAAAGUAUCAAUCAAAAUAUAAGAAUAUCAAUAUUUAUCGCUGAAUAUGACUCUCCAGCGUUUCAUACUCAAUCCGAGAAUUUCAAACGGGAAGUGGAAAAGUUGCACUCAAACGUGGAACUGAAUGUAAUCAAGAAUACUGAUCAUUUCACUAUAGUGGAGAAUUUGAAAAACACCGACUUCAUUUUAACCAAGACGAUAAUAAAUAUGAUUCUAUGUAACAAUUCAAAAUUACGUUAGUUCUUUUUAUAGCAUUUAGCCCUGUAUUAUGAAGAAUCGAAUAAAAAUACAUUUAAACAAAAAAGAACAUUUAUUAUAACGAUUUCGAUACCCACAAAGUCCGAAUGAAUUAUAUGUGAGUAUUAUUACUAAAAGGGUAUUCCCAUCUCUUUCUUGCGUGCACUUCUAAUAUGCGUUUAGUAGGUAGUUCUGGUUGCUUAUGCAAAUGUUCAGUCGCUUCGAUACAUUCUUUCGCGGGCUCGUUAGAUUUAUCAAUUCUCAUCUCUCCAUUUUCGUAUAAACGACAUUUUGAAAUAUCUCCAUCUUCUG